UGGGAAUCUAUAUUUCCAAAUGAGCAGUUAACUGAGCAGAAAUCAGCUUUAUUCGUGAAAAAGCUUUUGGCAGUGGCUAUCUCCAAUAUUACCUAUCUUCGUGCAAUAUUUCCAGAACAUGCUUUUGGAGACAAAUGUCUAGAAGGUAAAAAAAGGCUAAAUUAAAGUCCCAAGUUUUUGUUUUUUUAAAAUCAGUUUUUUGCAAAUAUUAAUAUUUCUAAGCUUAAUCAACACAUUAAUAAUAAGACUGUAUCUUCAUUUUUAUAAUUUUCUCUAAUCUUUAAGUUACAAAAAUCUUUUAUUGAACUGGCCAUGGCACAUUCUCACUUAAUUUAUAGCCAAAAAUUUUCAUUUUUUAAAUUUUUGCUUAGUUUUCAUGUGAAGUUAAUAUUAUGUUAAAGUUAAAUCAACCCUAUUAGUAUUUGAUAAUAAAGAUAUGGGUUGUUUUCCUGUAUUAUAUAAAAUUUGGGUGACAGUGCAUUAUCCUUUAAUCAUGGUUCCUAUUACUCUCCCUUCAGAUUUAAAUUUAAAGAUUUUGAGGGAUGAAAGUUCUUGUCCUGGUGCUUGUCAGGUUAUCAAAUGGGUUAAAGGAUGCUUUGAUGCCUUGGAAAAAAAAUAU